AAACAGAAUCAGGAGUUCGAGCGCUAUAUACAAAAUUAUCAUAGUGGACCGACUGUGGAAACGGUAUUUGAAACCGCCGAUCACUCGCCUUCAGCGCGCUACGAAUACUCCUCCUCGUCGUCGUCGUCGUCAUCUUCUUCUUCUGGCCCAGCACGUCUUGUCGCCAUCGACGCGAAACCUCGCAAACAACAUACUUUCGAGCGGCAAGUUGCUCUCCCCGCUGCUGUCGCCUCAGCAGCAUCAACGCCCGCCGAGGAGCAAUCCAAAUCAGCUGUAGACGCGAAGAUUCAAAUAUCCCCAGCACCAGUUGCUGCAGCACCUGCUGUUUCUACGCCAGUAGCUGUGCAGGCGCCUUCACCUGUCGCCUCGCAUUCCGCACCAUCUGCCGCGCCAUCGGCAUCAUCAAAAUCUGCUACUACUGUAAUUAGUGGUGGCAGCGAUGGUGGCAAAGUGGGUAUUGGUGGUUCAUUCGUUGGUGGUUUUUCUGGCGCUGGUGCUAGUCCUGGCUCACAUGGCGUGACGUUUAGAGUGGCUGGCGGUGGCGGGUACAAUCAGCCGAACUUUGAUCAAGCUAAUAGCUAUGGCAAGCCUGACUACGAGCAACCAAGCUACAAUUAUGAUCAAGGAGAUGCAGGUGGUUUCCUAAAUGAGUACCCACCCUCCGUCGAUGAGUCCGCAGGCGGAUAUGAUGGUUUUUAUGGCAAUCAGGAAAGCGAUUACCACUCAAAUGCCGGCUACCUGCCCGCACAAUCUGUUUACCAACGUCCUGUUGUCACUAAAACUAUUCAAAUUGCGCAGCCAGCAUUGAAGGCCAAGAAAUUUGAGGUUCGUCACCCAGCCAUCCAAAAGGAGUUUUAUGACAUCGAAGAACGUGUUGUGAUUAAGCCUGCUGGCACUAUAGUUGUCGAGCUGGAACAUCCAGUUGCGAAAAUUCCGAAGGGUGAAACCGUACUGCCCCUCGGUCAUCCACAUCCGGCAAUUGCCGCGCAAUACAAUUUGAAUAGUGACGCAGACAUUGAGACGGAAUCGUCCAGUGCGGGUUCCUAUAGCAACGGUGUGCGCUCAAGUCCGAAUCAGGUCUAUGCAACGCCCGCUAGAAAAAAUCCUGCGCCAGUAAUUAGCGGCACGCACAUUGCUUCCACUGUUACAGCUACACCGACAAAUAAUCAAAACGCCAAACGAGAUUUUGUGGAAGCCAAUCUGCGCAAGCAAUACGGUGAAGAAACAAAACUCGUAGCUACAACUGAAAACACGCAACGCGGCAGGGAACUUUACAUACCCGCCGAGACACAUGGCAACCAGCGUCAAGGGUCUAAUAGGAACUUCUCACCCAAUACAUUCAGACGCGAAGAGAGCAAUUACCAACGUCCCGCUCGUGUUGAAGCAAAGAAAAACGAUGAGACCUAUCGUUCGUCCUUUUCGAGAAGAGAAGAACAGCCAUUACAAAAUAAUGCUGCCGAUUUCCAGAGCAAUUACAGCAACGACGACGAUGAUUACAAGGGCGAAUAUAUUACCGGUAACUUUUACAGCACAGCCAACAGAGAUCCCAAACCUGCCCGUCUGCAGGAAGAGCCACGCAAAAGUGAACGCAUUACUGCCGAGCCACGCGCACAAAUCAUAAAACAUGAGCACACUAUCAAUAUUCCACCGUCACAACAUAACAUAUACAUAGCGCCCAGUCGCUUAGAAGACCGCCACAUACUUGUUCAGGAGCAGCGCAAGCAGGCACCAUCACGAAAGCAGCAGCCCGCUCGCCUAGAAGAAGAAACUGCUCGCGUUCAAGAGGUCAAACCAUACUUGGACCGACAACGGGAGGGUGGGGUAGUAUACGUGGUCCCCGCUAGACGUCCAGUUACAACGCAACAGCGCUAUACACAAAAUGAAAGUCGACUGCCACAACUAGUUCCGCAACAGCGCUCUUAUGGCCAAUUGCGUUACGACCCCGACGCCGAUGUGGAUGCGUCAGUGGAGUACAGUGCACCAUACUCUCAUAUGCGCUACGAUCCAAAGGAGUCUGCGCGGCUUACCGCCGAUGUAGAAUAUAAUCGGAAUGUUAAUGAAAAUGCGCCGCAAAGAACCAUAACUGUAAACUAUAACCGCGGACCCGAAUCAAAUGCCCGUCUGGUCUCACAAAAUAACUCAGAGCUUGCUUCAAAGGAAUCCGCCGAAUCAGUGGAAAGCAAAGACGUUAAAAAACCCGGCCUACGCCCGCUGGCACACAUUCAAUUACAAGUACCGAAUGGUCCGCAAGAAGCUGAUGAGCCCAUACGAGUUAUGUCUUCGAUCAAUCCACCGAGGGAACAGAGUCGUACGGCAUACUCUAGACAGUCAGCAGCCAAACAAGCCGAGGACGAUCAAGUAGAAUCUGCUGUUCAAAAUGAAAGUGAAGAUCAAGAUGAACCACGCUCUGAGAAUGUCGAGUCCCAACCCGAUUGUGCGGAAAAAGUGAGCGAGCGUUAUGAGAAUGACCCCGACGAUGAUGUGCAGUAUGCUGAAGAGCAACGUGACAGAGAACCAGUAAAGUCCCUACGCCUAAUAGACACUAGCAGCUCUCAAUCAAACGGCAAAGAAAACGCCCAACCAGCGACUUCUAAUAUCCAAACUGAAAGCGUGGAUGCCAACGUUAAAGACGGCAAUGCGCAUAUCACGCCACCGGGCUCUCGCGUGAUUGCCGCCAACCCAGCACCCAACGACGCAUCCGCUGCAAGCGAGAGUUUCCACAAACGUCGCAUUGUGGUCAACCAUCCCUUCCAGACGGUGCGCGAGGUAGUCGAACAUGAACCCAUUACAAAUUAUCAUCAAAUACAAGUACAUGAACACGCGUCACCAGCUUCGGCGUACCACAAGGCACCGUACUUUGCGUCCAAUGGUGCCUUGCGUCAAAUCGCUGUGCCAGUUAUGUAUCAUCAGGCGUCUGGCGCAACACACGGAAAUCUAGUUUACGCCUUGCCUGAUGCAAUUCCUGUGCAUGAAGACAACGGCGAAGCGGAGCCGUCCUAUCAGCAAACGCGUCAGCGUGUGCGCGCUUAAGUGCGUCGAAAAGUCUCAGUUCGAUUGAA